AUGUCCAUUCCCAAGAUGCAGUGGGCUCAGGUGGCUGAAAAGAUCGGAGGUCCGCUUGUUUAUAAGCAAAUCCCCGUUCCCAAGCCAGGUCCUGACCAGAUACUGGUGAAGAUCCGUUUCUCUGGCGUAUGCCACACCGAUCUGCAUGCUAUGAUGGGCCACUGGCCUCUUCCAGUCAAGAUGCCACUAGUUGGGGGUCACGAAGGUGCGGGAGUAGUCGUGGCUAAGGGGCCUCUUGUCAAGGAGUUUGACAUUGGCGAUCAUGCCGGCAUCAAAUGGCUCAAUGGGUCAUGCUCUGAAUGUGAGUUCUGCAGGCAAUCCUACGACCCUUUGUGUGCCAGUGCGCAACUUUCCGGCUAUACUGUGGAUGGUACUUUCCAGCAGUAUGCUGUUGGGAAGGCUACUCACGCCUCAAAGAUCCCUAAAGAAGUUCCACUAGAUGCCGCCGCCCCGGUACUAUGUGCCGGUAUUACUGUUUAUAAGGGCUUGAAAGAGUCCGGUGUCCGUCCGGGCCAGACAGUGGCUAUUGUUGGAGCAGGCGGAGGUCUUGGGUCUCUUGCUCAACAAUACGCUAAGGCUAUGGGAAUCAGAGUUGUGGCGAUAGAUGGCGGUGAUGAGAAGAAGGCAAUGUGCGAGCAGCUCGGUACUGAGACCUUCGUUGACUUUACGAAGUCAAAGGACCUGGUAGCUGAUGUGAGGGCGGCCACUCCUGGUGGCCUAGGAGCCCAUGCCGUUAUUCUUUUGGCGGUUUCUGAAAAGCCUUUCGAACAGGCUAUCGAAUACGUUCGCUCCCGUGGAACGAUUGUAGCAAUUGGUUUGCCACCUGAUGCCUUCCUUAAGGCCCCAGUGCUUGAAACAGUCCUUCGUAUGAUCAGCAUUAAGGGCAGUUACGUUGGAAACCGACAGGAUGGCGUGGAAGCUCUUGAUUUCUUCAAUCGAGGCUUGAUCAAGGCUCCAUUCAAGCUCGCACCCCUGGAGGAUCUCCCCAAGAUCUUUGAUUUAAUGGAGCAAGGCAAGAUUGCCGGUCGCUACGUGCUCGAGAUGCCUGAGUAA